UGCGGUGCAAACCUGUUACAAGGUGAUGCCAAAAUCAUGAUCAUCUCUUAGAGGGGUGUGAUUGUUUAGACGUGGUUUCAUUUCUGAUAUCUCAGGCUUGGAUAUGUUACUAAUGGUUUACCAACACAAGUACAAUUUGUAAGAAAAGAGUACCAAUCAACUGCUUGAAUUCCUUACUCAAUAUUAUUAAGAAUCGAUUCUGAGCGCAUCUAGAUGAGAGUUUCAUUGUAGUAAAAUAUAUUUCUAGUAAAAAAUAUUACUUCCGUUGAGAAAGCAAGAGAAAAGAUGUUCGGCGCAAGGAAGAAAUUCCCUGAAGACGAAGAGCCUACAAUCUAUACACAAGUCAUGGCCGCAUUCAAGCGAUGGCAGGCGAGAUACAAACGCUACAAGCUUCAAAUUCCUCCUCAAAUGCGAAAUAGAAUCAUCCUACAUUAUGGUUUAUUCAAAAUCACCUGGGAUUGGAUGAUAAUGAUGUUAGUGUUGUACACUGCAGUCGAAGUGCCACUUGUUUCUUCCUUCGUCAUGACACAGGUCGAUAAAAACAAGUCGAAACGCCCUGACGUGAAAGGACACACCUUUGAGAGUAUUAAGUAUCUCUACCCAUCAGCCUAUCCUCUCCUCAUCACAGACCUGUGCGUGGAUGUGAUCUUCAUGAUCGAUAUUGUGCUCAACUUUCGCUCAACGUACGUGGAAGAAGGAGAGGCGCUCGUAACGAAUCCAUUCAAGAUCGCUAUCCAUUACUUGAAGUCUUACUUUUUGAUGGACCUCGUCGCUGCUGUUCCUUGGGAGCUUCUAAUUAAUGCUAAUGAUGAAGGGAAUACCACCCUUUUCAGUCUCCUAAAAACAGCGCGACUACUUCGGUUAUUCCGAGCCGCGAGGAAACUGGAUCGGAACUACGAGUACAUGACGUCACUACUGUUUCUAAUGCUUAUGUUUUUCAUGCUCGUCGCUCAUUGGAUGGCCUGUGCCUGGUAUGCCAUUGGCUUUUCUGAAGUCGAACAUCUAUCCACCUCUUGGCUCUAUAAGCUAGCGGACGAAAGUGGCAAGCCUUUCAACUUCUCAGGUGACCCUAUGCUUGGCCCUUCAUUGAGCGCACGUUAUCUGACGUCAUUGUAUUACGUCAUGACCUUGUGUACGACGGUUGGAUUUGGGAAUGUUUCAGCCAACACGAAUGCCGAAAGGAUAUUCACUAUUUGUGGGAUGUUACUCGGAGCUGUUAUGUAUGCUGGGAUCUUUGGAAAUGUGACCGCGAUAAUUCAUGGUCAAUAUUCAAGCAAUUUUCGCUACAGAAAAGAAUCAAUGGCCAUCAACGAAUUUAUUCAUUUUUUCAAGGUCAAAAACCCUCUUGCCCGACGACUAAGAGAGUACUCAAGACACACGUGGUCACAGACUAAAGGCACUGAUAUGAACAAGGUUCUCAAAAAGUUUCCUGAAGGCCUUCAAUACGAGAUCCAUCUACACAUGCACCUGACAGUUCUAUCGGAUUCUUUCCUGUUCAUUAACGCUGAAAGUAGUUGUCUAAGAAGUAUAUCAAUGCGCAUGCGUCGUAACCACCACUUACCCGGUCAUUAUAUACUAUACGAGGGAGACGAGGUGGAUACCCUACACCUUAUCAAGAAAGGCAAGAUUGAGAUUCUUGCAAGUGGAGUCCCCAAAGGAAAAUUGGUCGAAGGGGAUGCUUUUGGAAUCAGUCUUAGACAGUCAGAUGUUCGUUCCAAAGCUGUUAUCAGUCUACGAGCUUCUGCUUGCGUGGACUGUCACGUGAUUAAGAUCAAAGAAUUGAAUGACGUAUUGGAAUCGUAUCCUCAUAUACGUCAGCACCUGCUUGGUUUGAUGGAUACCGCUGUCCAGUGGCCUAGAGACGAGCAGAAAGCUCCCAAUAAUGGAGACAUAUCUCACAUCCUACAAGAAGAGAUCAAGCCAAACAGAAGACGCGUUGAAUCAGAUGCAAGACACUUUGUGAGCCAAACUUUCAAGCUUCGUCCAAUUUUUGGAUGCAAAAAGGGGUCCGAUGAGGAAUACAAUGAAGGUGACCCGCUGUCUCCAUACAUGCAAAGGGAGGCCAGCAGAAAGGAUCAAUUCGACAAGACGUCGCACAUCCCUGGCUUUGUGAAUAUUACAGACAUGAGCGUUUUACAACCUUCGGUGAUAACGGGUGAUGAAAAUGAUGAACAACGCGAGCAACACAAUGGACAAGAAGAAAACGAUGAGCCAGUUCUUUCAGAUCUCCCUUGUACAGAUUGUGAGGGAGACGCUCAUAUUCUUAGCCAUGACAUGACAGACAAGUUUCGACAGAUGUCUAAGGACAUCAAAAGACUAGAAAGUAAAGUUGAUACCUUAUUAAAUAUUCUUGCAAAGAAAGGUGGUAUCGAGAGUAUACAAGACAAUGACUCCCUAAGCAAUGCCAUGAGCUCAAGUACAACUACCACAGUUUAGGAUAAAGAAUUUUGCACGCCUUGAAUUCACCACAGAGCCUGUAACUGUUGAAUCCUGCAAUGGCGCCAGGGAUGUAGAUGGCACUAACGAAUAGAGAAAUGAAUACGUAAGGACAGGGAUUAAGUUUAUCAUUUUCAAAGAAGAAGAAAGCAGGAAAAGAAGAAUUUCUUUGGAAAACUCCUCCAAGCAAUUAAAAGGGACUUCCCGUGUUACUCGUUUCUCGUUCCAAGUUUCAAUGCUAACUUAAAGUUUCGUGUUGCACAGGUUUGUGGAACUCGAUCGUGACGUCACUUUCAACUCCACAACGUCUUUAUCAUUCUUCCUUUCAAAAUUGGAAUAGCUAACUUCAUCCCUUACAAUGCUGCACGACCUGUUAUGCCCGCUAUAAAUUGUUGAAGCUGCUCUCCACGAUCUUAUGCAUCACAAGAUCUUUAUUAUUCUUUCUUUCAAACUUGGAAAAGCUAGCUUCACCGUUACGAUAUUGCAUGACCUGUUAUUGUCCACUAUAAAUUGAAACUGCUCUUCUCGUAUCCGCGCCGCAAGAUUCGGCUCUGCCAGGAUCUUUGCCUACAAAUACCUCAACCUGUUCUCUGGAAGAAUGUAAGGCAAAUUGAGUCGGCAUUACCGAGUAUCCCUGAUGCGCACAUCCGGGGACUAUAAGAUUACUUGUUGCCAUAACAACAAUGACCGACCUUAAUAUCAAGGAGAUCGUCAUGUGGCAUUUUGUCACAUGAUCAAGUCAUGGGAUUUCUACAAGAGCAAGCUAUUCUACGUGGAACAGGGCUUCAUUUAAGCUUUAUUUAAACGCAUAUUCUAAUCCAGUUUUAUCUAGUUAACAUAUCCAAUCCGGCUUUUUUGCGGAAACCAAUUUAACGCUGACCAAAUGAACCGAAGACUCAAGGCACGAUGUAGAAAGAGAUGCUUGUUCUAUUACUCCAAUGACAAUUAUGCAUGCGUUACAUCAAAUCCACUCACUUAUAUAUUUAUGGCUUUCUAAUUAUAACUUGAUAAAAACUAAAAUAUUUUUAAUCUCGUAGUUCAAAAGUUAGAUAUCUUUUUUGGUAUUCGACUUAUAUUUAAAAUGUCCUCUCUCUU